AUGCAGCAUCGCAGUGGGCCUAGCCUUGGCUGUGGCCCGGGGGCUGGCAACAGUGGUGCCUCAUAUAGUAGGCCCUCGUCUUCUUCGGCUGCUUUCCCACUUGCCUCGGGCUCAUCCGGAUCUGUCUUUGCCUCAGGCUCCGCUCAAACUGGGGCCAGCUCAUCCUCUGGAAGCGGGUUGUCAUGCGGUCCAGGACCGUUGGCACCUCCUAUGUCCCUUGGUGGCCUGCCACUCGGCCUCUUGCCAUCUGCAGUUGGAUCUACUAGCUCUGGCCCCAGUAACCUUUUCCCUCCACCUCCACCUCCACCUCCCCCGUCAUCAGCUACUCAAGUCGGAACACCUACUGGCAUCUUUUCUGGUUCUGGGGGCAACGUUGGACCAGGUCCAGGGGGCCUAGCAGGAAUGCCACUACCUACUGGUCUCGGACCUGGUGCUCCAUCAGUUGGCCUGGGUCACGGUGGACCCUUGCCGACAGGCACUGCAGCUGGCCCUGGAGGAGGGUGCAGUGGACAUGUUGAAGAGAAACGCCGCCGGCUGAAUAGCAGUGGUAUUCAAGCUGGUGUAUCUGCCCAAGCUUCGACACCAGGUCUUAAUUCAAGUGGAGAAGCAAAGGUAUUUAUCUGA